CAUUGGCGAGAGGCUGAAAGCCCUGUGUUCCUUCCAGAGCCUUGUCGGAGACAACAAAAUGUAGUUCUAGUACACUUCUUAUCUGGACGGGUUUCCUGCACAUAAAUAUUGGACAAUGGCAUUUAGGUUUGCACUCUAACACCAGCAAGAGACGGGCAGUCUGAACCACUCGAACCAAACCACCGCCAUCAUGGGCGCGUACGUGUCCCUCGGCGAGUGCAAGUCCCACUACAACAAGGCAGUUAACUGCACAUACAACUUCACUUCCCCGGACCGGGACAAGCAUAUGGUUGGCGGCUUUGGGAGGCACGAAGUCCCUACCGACCCAGAUGUUGCCGGAGUUGGCAUCGUAUACGCCUUCAUUGGCGUGACAUCGUUCGCACUUUUCCUGAGCAUCUUGCAUGUGUUCUGGAUGAUCUCCAAAAUGACUCCGUUGAAGUCGCGAUAUCCUCGAAACGAAUCCGAGUAUCGAAAGAGCCAGCGUGCCGGCGGCCUCAGUGUUUCCGUCAUCUGCGAGAAGCUCGUCAUGGCCUGUAGCGACCAGCAAGUGUUCACAGGGGGCGCCUAUGCCAUCACGCUGAGAUAUUGGAAAGGAUGCGAGAUCACCGCCUACCACUACAACAUCAUCUCCAACAUGAUGAUUCUCACCUGCGCGACGCACCUCAUGUCCGUGACCAUCGUGCGCAACUACUGGCGCUACCCCUGGCUCGGCCUCCUGCGCAUCCUGAUCGUCACGGGUCUAUUCAUCGUCACUGGCAUCAUCCUGUCGAACCAGAACGCGCAGACAGACACAUUCAUCAAGCUGCCCUUCCCCACCGCGAUCCCCCCGGACAACCAGAUCGAGAACCUCAUGUUCCUGCCGGCGGCGUGCUUCCAGAGCAACAAUUCGCUCCUCAUCUCCACGUUAGGCGACUCGACCAAGACGCCCGAGCAGUCCAAGAAGACGCUCAUCUACAGCCAGCCCGGCAACCGCAUCCAGGGCUGGAACCUGUUUCUCAUCAUCCUGUUCUGCUACUGCGCCGCCUUCCUUGUCGACGUCGUGCGCUUCUUCCGCCGCGGCAUCGGCAAGGAGCCGCGCGGGCGGCGCGGCGACUUCGCCGCCAAGCGCCUCCGCUUCUGCGCCGCGCCGGGAAGGGCUCUGAAGCUGGUAGUCAAGAUCUUCUUCUGCCUGUAUCUCCUUGGCGGCAUCGGCGUCAGCGCCGCCGCCGUCAUCCUCUCGGGCCUGUACAUUAACGGCCUGCGCGCGUGGGCCAAGAAUACGGGCUGGCUGGAGGUGAGCGAGGGCGGGCAGAGCGCCGAGGACGAUGCCACGUCGUUCGGCCAGCUGGUUCCAAUCUUCCUGUGUCUUUUGAUUGUCUUCAGCAUCGCGCAGACCAUCACCGAAAUGAACAAGAGAUACAGCGAAAAGGUGUACGCGGAAGAUGGCACGGUCAUCUACGACCCCAGCACCAGCAAGCUCAUGCUCCCGACACCGACGCCCGGGAAGGAAGGCAUGCACGUGGCGGAGGGAUCGGCCACGCCCGGAACGCCCAGGUUUGGGGGAUGGCCGCUGCCGCAGCAGCAGCAGCAGCAACCGUCAAGCCAUUAUUUCAUGAAUAAUGGAAACCACAACCAUCAGGGCGGCAGCACUCCGCCGAUCCGGCCGGGCCCGCGCCCCCAGCAGAGCCCGCGCCCCCAGCAGAGUCCCAAUCCGCAACAACAAUCGUCAACCCACUCCUUCAUGAAUGUAAACCACAGCCCUCAAGUCGGCACUCCGCAGUCGCAUCACCAUCAGAGCCCCAAUCCACAGCAGAGCCCACACCCCCAUCAGAGCCCUAAUCUACAGCAACAGCAGCCGUCCAACCAUUUUUUCAUCAAUGGAAAUCACAGUCCUCCGGUCGGCACUCCGCACCACCAGACUCCCAAUCCGCACCAUCAGAGUCCCAAUCCGCACCAUCAGAGUCCGAAUCCACAGAACAACUCGAGAUUCCUGCAGAGCCCACGUCAUUGAAAUUGCACUAAGUUCUAACAAUGAAGCAACGGUUUCGUUUUGUCCUUCCCUGAUGUUAAUUAGCCAUGAUGAUGAGAGAAUUGAAGUUUUGCGCACCAUGGUUGACAUGUUUCCCGUGGUGAGGAUAUUGAGUUCCCUGGUCGGUAUUGUUGAAUUGUUUGUUGGAUCGAAAGGGGGGGUUCAGAUUGUAAUAAUGCUGUUAAUGACUCUAGCUUCUAUUAGUUACUUCUUAUUUUCCAAAACUGUUACACCAUUAAGCUUGGAUUCCUUGUAUCAUUGUGU